AUGGACUUUGACGGUCCGAACUUGAGCAUCAUCCUCACCUGCCCCGAGUGCAAGGUGUACCCACCCGAACUCGUGGAGCGGUUUAGCGAGGGUGAUGUAGUGUGCGCGCUCUGUGGUCUUGUGCUCAGCGACAAGGUGGUUGACACGCGGUCCGAGUGGCGUACGUUUUCGAAUGACGACCAGAACGGUGAUGAUCCUUCGCGUGUGGGUGACGCAGGGAACCCUUUGCUUGACGGUGAGAACUUGUCGACGAUGAUCAGCUUUGCCCAGGACAACAGCAGGGCGGGGCGUGAGUUGAACCGCGCUCAGUCGAAGAAUCUCGCGGACAAGAAGGACCAUGCGUUGCAGGCAGCGUUUGCGAAGAUUUCGCAGAUGUGCGACGGGUACCAGCUCCCGAAGAUCGUGCAAGAUGGUGCUAAGGAAGUGUACAAACUCGUCAGGGAGGAGAGACCGCUUAAAGGUAAGUCGCAGGAGUCGAUCAUGGCGGCUGCUAUUUUCAUUGGGUGUCGUAAGGCAAAUGUAGCCAGAACGUUCAAGGAGAUCUGGGCGUUGACGAAUGUGCCCAGAAAGGAGAUCGGGAAGGUAUUCAAGAUCAUGAACAAGGUCAUCAAUGAGAAGAAGCUCACCAAUCCGUUGUUGUUUACCAACGCGACGGAGCGGAUUUCACAGAACCAGACGUCCGCGGAGGAUUUAAUCCGCCGGUUCUGCUCGCAUUUGGGGUUGUCACCGCAGGUGACCAACGCCGCCGAGCAUUUGGCGCGUUCUGACAAGGACGUCGGGGUGUUAUCGGGGAGAUCACCUAUCACCAUUGCCGCAAGUAUCAUCUAUAUGGCAGUGGUGCUUUUCGGUGCUAACUUACCGGUUGCGAAGAUUGCAGAGAAGACCGGUGUAAGUGACUCGACGAUUAAGACAUCGUUCAAGUACUUGUGGGAGGCGAGAGAGAGGUUGGUCGAUCCGCACUGGGUAGAGAGUGGGAAGGUUAAGCUUGAAGAGACUCCGAAGAGCUAA